UCACCCCAGUUUUCGUUUAAUAUUUUUAUGAAUCCAUCCCAAAAAAAACGUAAACACAAUUCUAAAACAAAUGCCUUUUCCAGUCAACAGAAUUGACAUGCAUAAGAAAUCUUCAGCUUUCCAAAUCAUGCAUGAUACAACCUGUAAUAUUUUGUUGGAUAUUUUAUUAAAACAACAUUUGUUUUGCAAUUUUUUAUAUUAAGAACUAGCUUUCCAGGUGACCUACAAAUUGACAUAAUCACUGAACAUCAGCUUCAAAUAUGAGAAUUUAUUUAUAAAAAUAAAAAAAAGAUAUAAAAAAUAUAUAAUUCAAAAGAAUAAUUUGCGAAUACUACGCUAGGGGUCGUGUUUACAGCGCAGAGGGCGGCGCUCAGCUCACGGAAGGUAAGGGACCAAAGUUUUUUUGCUGACAAAUAUGACGCCAGCUGGCGGAGCCCGUCAAUGCGGUAGUGACAGCGGAGGAGCGCUCUGACUGGGAAAAGCACUCUGGACUAAUCAUCCCUGACACUAAAACUCAGUUGAAACCUGGGCUGAAGGCGAUCGGAAGAGAGGCCUAGGCCGUAGAACACCAUGGGGAACGCGGAGGGCGGCUGCGGCGCCGGGAGCGGCGACGAUGACGACGACGUAGAGACGGAGAGUCCCGUGUUCGCUGAGGGCAGCCCGGCCCCUGCAGCCACAGGCAAUAGGUCCGGCAACGAAGGAGGAGGUGGUGGCGACAGCGGCGGUGGAGGUGGUGAUGGAGGAGGAGCAGCGGCAGGCUCCGGUCCGGGGAGAAGCGGAAGAGGUUCAGCGAACCUGCCGUCCCCGAGCUAUGGACUCCCCACUGCUGAAGCUCUGCUGGAUCAGGUGAAGCUGCGAGAGGCAGCGGCCCGUAUGAGCGACUCAUGGGUCGCCAUUUCGGAGUCGGUGCUGGCGCGCAACGAGAGCGCUCUGGUGCGCUGGCUGGAGGAGAGGCAGAGCCGCGGAGAGGAGUCCGUCACUCUGGAGCAGUUCUGUGAGAUGCUGGAGAGCAGAGACGCGCCCAGAGAUGACUGCGAGGAGGCCUUUGGUCAGUUUGAUGCUGAGGGUGAUGGGAUUGUUGAUGUGGAGAACAUGCUCACGGCACUGAAAAACUCCAAUGGAGCCAACCUGCAGGGAGAACUCAGUCAUGUGAUCAGGCAGCUUCAGGCGUGCUCUUUGACACCAGGGUUUGUGGAUAUCUUCUCCAAGUCCCAGGACCGUCUCAAAGCACAUGCCUCCAAAAUCCUAAAAUUCUUGCACCGGAAUCGCAUCCCCAGCAGCGCAAUCCCAUUCCCUGUGCUGGAAGGCUACAACAGCAUCUGCACCAUGAGGUCAUCAGUAGUGCAGGACUUCCUGGAUUACCUGCUACAGAAGGAGAAAGGUGAUCUAGACGUCCAGUACAGAGCUGAGCUCAAUCAUGACCUAGAUAUGGAUAAAGUUAAGGUGGUCACCCAGUGCUACAGCUUCAUCGAGGCUUCGUCCAAUAGUGCAGAUAUCAACAAGCUGACCAAUGGUGAGACCGUGUCUUUCUGGCAGUCGGACGGUAGCGCUCGCUCACACUGGAUAAGGUUAAAGCUGAAGCCAGACAUAGUUUUGAGACGCCUGGCCAUUGCGGUAGCAUCUAAUGACCACAGCUACAUGCCGCAGCUGGUGUCUGUAGCUGUAGGAAAGAACCGGCGCUCCCUGCAGGAGAUCAGAGAUGUGAGGAUCCCCAGUAAUGUGACGGGUUAUGUACCGCUACUGGAUAACGCCAACAUCAGCCAACCUUAUAUUCAGAUAAACAUUAAGCGCUGCUUUAGCGAUGGCUGUGACACACGUAUUCAUGGUUUGAAGACAAUGGGCUACCAGAUUACCAAGAGUAAAGACGUUUCAGUCUCUGAUGCCUCAGCUAUAUGGUAUCUGUCGCUCCUCACGUCUCUGGUCACCGCUUCAAUGGAAACCAACCCUGUGCUUGCGCAGACCGUCCUACAGAGCACACAGAAAGCCUUACAGCAUAUGCCGCCCCUGUCCUUAACGCCGUCUUCAAUGGAGUUCCCCAAAUUCCUGUCUGCAAACAUUCUGGAAGAGGUGGAUGGCUUUUUACUGCGCAUAGCAGCCUGCUGUGUGUCUCCUGACGCUGCGCUGACUCUGUUAGCAUUUGCUCUGGCUCGAGGCAGCGUGGCUAAAGUCCUCAUCUCUUUGUCUGGCAUCUGUGAGCAUCUGGACUCAGAGUACAGAGCUUCUUCACUGCUGGCCUCUAUGGCAUCGGUCCGGUUAAGACUACUCUACCGUAAUGGUAAAUCCAUCCAGCUCCAUCUGCAAGCGUGUGAUGUGAAGAGUAAAGAGGAGAAGUCUGGCCCAGAAACCAUGCUGACGGAGCCCAACACUGGAGAUGGUUUUCUGACAGAGAAUGGAAAGAGGAAAGCCAGUGUGAUUCUGUCUACUGAAAACCAGAGCUGCUUCCAGGUCACACAGAUCAAGAUAAAAGUGCGUAAAGGAGCUAUUGGUGCUAAAUGUGGCUUGGUGUUUGCCUACAAUGACAGCGAGGCAUUUGAUGCAGAUAAACACUUCAAAAGAUUCAAAAAGUAUGACAGCUGGGAAUACAAAGACUAUAAAGAAUUUGCCCAAGACAGCACAAUGAUAGCAGAGACCAGUGAAGACGAGCCCAUUGGCUGGUUUGAGGUGGAAGAGGACUGGAACGACGUGGAGAUCAAGCUGCAACAAUGCAGAGUGUCAAAAUUUCUGAUGGUGAAGUUCCUGUGUGCCAGGCAGGACACAGCAGAGCGGCUGGGGGUUCAGCAGAUGUGUUUCAGUGGUUAUUUGUGUCCAGACUCAGAGCGGCUGGAGGAUGUGGACGAUCGGAGCGCUCAGGCCGAGGGGAGCGUUUCAGGCCUGGUUACGGGGCUCACACUCGUGAAGAAAACCCUUUAUUUCAUCCAGCAGCUCACCAGAGAUAAGAGCCUCUGUAAAGAGAGCUGUAUGAACCCUGAGCCUGUGUUACAGGAUGUGUCUCUGUCCAAGCAGAAGUCCCUGCUGGACGUCAGUGACCUCAACCUGCUGCUGUUCUGGGACUUCUACCGCAAACUCAGAUCUAUUGAGGGAGAAGAGGCCAUGAAGACAAGAGUUCUCCUGCUUCAGCUGCUCCAGAACUGCUUCCCAAUGCUGCCCAGCCUGACAGAGUCCCAGUCGUCAGACAUCACAGCAUCACCCUCAGCCAGCACAGACGUGGAUCCUGCAGAAGCUGUCGGAGAGCUCUACAGUCACUUGUGCCAAGUGGUGGACGGCCCUGAAGGACAGACUGCAGUGGAGAAAGCUCUGAGAAAAGAAGCUGUGAAAGCCAUCCUCAGUGGAGCUGCCAUUUUCUUCCCUGACAAACAGAGCCGGAGGGACAAACUAUUUCACAUGAUGAAAAACAUAACCGAAGAAAACCAGCCAGAAUCUGUUAAACUGACAUUUGAGUCUCUCUGCAGUUACUUCAGCGAUCGGGACCCGAAAGGUCUCCUCUUGCUGCCCCCUAAAGGACCCCCGUCUGACUUUGACAUCACACCUGUCCUGACCGUCAUGGACACGCUGCUCAUUGUGGCCACUAGAGAGUGCGAGGUGUUGAUGUUGGAUUCCAGAGGAGGGUCCAUUUGGAGGGUCCUGCUGUCUCUGUUCUGGGCUUUACAGGGCAGCCUGCUGUCCUGGUGCUUCCUGCAGCUCAAAGGAGAAACAGCCACCUCUGCUGAUCUGGCCAGGGAAAUCCUGCUGAAAUAUGUGGAACAGUUCCUGUCUGGUACCAGAGACAUACUGAGUCCUCUUAUUAAGCGCUUCUCUGGAGCUGACAUCAUAGAGAAACUCAGUGGAUCCAUUCUAGCCAUGGCAACAAGACAGCUGACAAUCUUCCUGCUGGAGCUGUGCGCUCUGGAUAUUCCUCACUGUGUGCUGCUCAAGAGAUUCUAUCCUCUGGCAGACUUGCUCAAGAAGCUGUCUAGUGAUACAGAGGACAUCAUCUCUAAGGUUGAUAUGGAGGGCUGUCAGCAGACUCAGCAGCCUGUUGUAUUAAGGACGUGGCAUAUGGAGUCACCUCAUAACUAUGAGAAUAGCAGACACGAGACCACCGUCUUUGUGUGUCCUGGUGCCACGUCCUUCGAGGUGGAGUUUGAUGAACGUUGUGAAACCGAGAAAAGGUAUGACUAUCUGGAAUUCACUGAUGCUAGGGGAGGAAAAGUGCGAUAUGAUAUGAAGGUCGGCACAGAGAAAUGGCCAAAGAAAGUGACAUUUAAAGCAGGUCCCCAGCUGCAGUUUCUGUUCCACUCAGACAGCAGUAAUAAUGAAUGGGGUUACAGGUUCACAGUGACAGCAUAUGGCCUGGCAGACGUCACCGCGUCCUGGACCUCAGAUCUGCAGCUCCUCGUGUCCAGGCUAAUGGGCCGUCUGGCCUCCCGCACCAUGGCUUUGAAAUCACCUUACGAGAUCCGUGGUGUAAAAGAGUUGCCUGCAGCUUUGAUGAACCAUGUCCUGUCCUGUCCUCUGUGGAAGCCUAUGUUCAGACAUGGUUUGAGUGGACUUCCUGGUGAAAAGAAAUUAGCCCUGGCACCAGACACCGACCAGGAAGAGCCAGCUCCUUUGGGAGAUGAAUUGGUGGAAUUCCUUAAGGACUUUGCUUGCUGGGAUCCUUCGCAGGAUUCUUCUGAUGGCAGGACAGAGUUAAUGAGGGCCCUUUUGUUGACCUGCAAGAAGCAGCAAAUCAGGAAUGAGAUUGCUGCAGGCUCAAAAGUGGACCAGGCUGUGAACGCCACCUGGGCGGCCAUGGUGUAUCACACACCAGCACUGCACCACAGUCUUAGGAGCUUUGUUGCUAAAAACGGCCAGAGCAGUCUUAGCGAGGACCUUCUGCAGGUCUAUGCCCUCGCCAAUGGCAUCAGAACGUGGAUGUUGGAAAUGAAACAGCGCUACCUUAUGGGUAAAAUGAAUGGAGUAGAGGAAAAAGAAGACGGACAGAAUGAGGUUACGAUGGAGUCACUUGCUGAAAUUUGCAUCAGUAGAAGUUUGUUCCUCUUCCGAUUUAGCCCGAGUGGAGGAGCCUCUGCACUUCUGGAACAAGAGCCUUCCAGACCAGAAGAUGGCGCUUGUGCUGCUCCUCUUUUUCGAUCGGUUUCCAUUUCAGAGGGAGACUUCCAGCCCAGCGCCUCUGUUCCCUCCAUCUCCCAGACCCCUGCGGGAGCAGAAGCAGCAAGGCCCUCAGGGGCCAGUCAGCGUGACCAGACGUCCUCAGCACCAGUGGAUGCUGGACCGUCCAGCAGCAUCAGUUCUCAGGGUGCCAAGGGCUCCACGGAAAGUCUUCAGUCUCAAACAGGAGAGCCUCUCUCACCGUUAGCCUUCCCACGUAAAGCACCUUUCAGUCGGGGCUGCUUGAGGCUCCUUUCCUUACGGUCUGUAGAGGAGCCUCGCAUGACUCCGCCUGUUAAAGAGCGCUUCCCGAUCCUCAAACACAUCCUCAGCUUUAUGAAGGACAUGGUCAUUAAUGAGAGCAGUGUUCUUCAUACUCUGGCUCUGAAGAAGGCCCAGGCUCUGAGUGUGUGUGAGGUGCUGGAGCUGGUCCAGCAGUGUAUACUCACCCUGGGGAAACCGCACCUCUUCCAGGCACCCUGUAUUUUGUUUCUCCAGGAACUCUUAGCAUGUCAGAAAGAUUUCACCAAUUACUUUUCUCAGUUGUUGGGCAGCGGGCAGGAGAUGAGGGAGCUGGUGAGACACUCGUAUCAUCUGCUGGUUCUCAUGCUAGUAGAGGCCGUGCAGAGCUUCAAUGCACUGAACGAGAAGGCCCUGCUGCCCGCCCUGUCAUGUGUGCAGACAUGUCUGCUGCAUUUGCUGGAUAUGAGCUGGGAAGCAGAAGACUUGUCGCUGUUUCUGGACAUCAAACUGCCUGAUCUUCUGCUCACCAUGUCCCAAGAAAACAUCAGUGUGCAUGAUAUUGCCAUCAGCCAGUGGACGGAGGAGGAUGAGAUCACUGACUAUGAGAGGAACACUGAAUGGAUGGAUGAGUGUUUGGAUGGCAUGUUUGAGAAGUGGUUUGACAAGAUCAGCCAGGCCUCAGCGGAGGACAAGAGAAAGAUGCACAUGUUCAUUGCACGCUACUGCGACCUGCUGAAUGUGGAGAUCUCAUGUGACGGCUGCGGACGGAUCGCACCGUGGCAUCGCUACCGGUGCCUGCAGUGUACAGAUAUGGACCUGUGCAAGACCUGCUUCCUCAGUGGUGCUAAACCAGAAGGCCAUGAGGAUGAGCAUGAGAUGGUGAAUAUGGAGUAUGCCUGUGACCACUGCCAGGGCCUUAUCGUGGGCAGCAGGAUUAACUGUAAUGUCUGUGAGGACUUCGAUCUCUGCUUUGGCUGUUAUAAUGCCAAAAAAUACCCAGACAGCCACCUGCCCACCCACCGUAUCACAGUGUACCCUAUGGUCACUAUUCGCAUCAGUGACCGCCACAGACUCAUUCAGCCCUAUAUACAUAACUACUCCUGGCUUCUUUUUGCCGCACUUGCCCUGUUCACAUCCGAGCUGAUCAGCGAGAAAGCACAGGAUGGAGAGCCUUUGAAUGAUGUCACGCUCGGUUACGCUAGGGCACUGCAAACCCACUGCUCUGACAUCAUCAAUGAUUGCCUUCUGAAGGGACAGACUGGGAAAGGUUUGCGAGCCUCUGCCCUGCUGUCACUGCUUUCUUCAAACGAAUCGGCCACUGAGAGUGAACUGUGUCCUGCGACGGCUGGAUCUUUUCAGGACAUCAGCAGCACAGACACCUCCUCACUUCCCAGCAGCACUACAGCUAUCUGCUCCCCAACGCUACCUACAGACAGAAAACCACAAAAGCAGGAGCCAGAUACAGAAGGGGAUGAGAAGAGGAGGAGGAAGCUUGUCUCUCAGGAUACGUCAGACUCAUCCAGUGCAAGUCAGACACCCUCUGUGUCCAGUGAAGACACGCUGUCCCCUGGAGUCAGAGUUUCAGAGUCAAGUGGAGAUACGAUCACAUCUCCUACCUCGGAGAACAUGGACGCAUAUAAGGACCAGGAGGAAAAGACAGCCCGGGGGCCGCUACAGGAACAUGUGUUUGCCGAAUGCUCCAGAGAGAGGAUUCUGGGAUUGCUGGCAGCCAUGUUGCCUGCAAACAAACAGGGCAGCUCACUAUCUUUGUCCAGCCUGAGUCCCAUCCUGCCACUGCUGUUCAGAGUGGUCAUCUCCAACGCCGGCUGUCUGAAUGAAACAUACCACCUGACACUAGGCCUUCUGGGACAGCUUCUGUUAAGGAUCUCUCCUGCAGAAGCAGAUGCAGCUGUGGCAGAGGCACUGACAGACAAAUUUGAGUUACUCACCCUCGGGGAUGGAGUAGCGCUUGAUGUUCCUGGCUGGAAGACCACUCAAUUGCUCUUCAGUCUGGGAGCAGUGUGUCUAGACAGUCGGAUCGGUCUGGAUUGGGCGUGCUCUGUGGCAGACAUCUUGCGAAACCUGAACAUUUCCUCUCAGUGGUGUGGUGUUGCGGCAGCGUUCACUGAUCACUGCAUCCAGCAGCUACCGCAGCAACUCAAGAGAACCAACCUCUUCACUUUGCUGGUGCUCGUGGGAUUCCCCGAGGUGCUGUGUAUGGGGACCCAGGCUGUAUUCAUCGAUAAUGCCAACGAACAACACAACGUGAUUCUCCUCAAACACUUCACUGAGAAGAACAGAGCUGCUGUGGUGGACGUCAAGACUCGUAAGAGGAGAACAGUGAAAGACUACCAGUUAGUCCAGGCACAUGAGAGCAGCAGCAGGAAUGAUGCAGAGUCUCAUGAGGGGCAAGCCGUGUCCCCGACCUCUGCCCUCCCGAGUCGCUUCCUGAAGAACUUCACCUCUAUUGUGAGUCACCUACUGCAGGUCGGGGUGGAGAGCAGCGCCCAAGAUGCUGUGGAGGCCACCUGGGUGCUCUCUCUUGCUCUUAAAGGACUUUACAACACUCUCAAGAAGCAUGGGGUGGAUCAGGCCCAGGAGGCCAUCCAGGGCUCUGGCCUGAUGCAGCUUCUGGUCCGUAAGUGCAGCAAGGGCACAGGCUUCAGCAAGAUGUGGCUUUUGCGAGACCUAGAGAUCCUCUCCAUCAUGCUUUAUUCCUCCAAGCGAGAGAUCCACUCCAUGGCAGAGGACACAGACACCGAGACCGAUGGAGAGAAGGAGAGAGAGAAAGAGAAUGACUCGGAUCACUCCAGCUGCUGCGCUGAAGAUGCCGAUCCAAACAGACCGGAUCCACUGGAAGGACUGGAUGAAGAGACAAAGACCUGUUUCCAGAUUACCCAUGAUGCUCUUAAUGCCCCACUGCACAUCUUGAGAGCCAUGUAUGAGCUCCAGAUGAAGAGAACCGAUUCUUUCUUCCUUGAGGUGCAGAAGAGGUUUGAUGGUGACGCUAUAAAAACCGACGAGACUAUUCGUACACUGGCACAGAAGUGGCAACCAUCUAAAAGACCUCGUUCUGAGGAAAGAAGUACCAAGGCUGUGGAUACUGAUAUCAUCAUUGUGCCCUGUGUGUCUAAACCCACCCGGUGUGAUCGAGCCACCGAAGAAGCAAAUGUGGUCACACAGAAACUCAUCACCAACACCGAGAGCGACUUCCAGCUGAGUUAUGCCAAACAGCGGCGCACCAAAAGCUCAGCUCUGUUGCAUAAAGAGCUGGAUGCUCGCAGUAACAAAGCAGUGCGACAGUACCUUUUCAAAGUGAAUGAAGCCAUUGCUAUUCUGUACGCACGUCACGUGUUGGCGACGCUGCUGGCCGACUGGCCCUCUGACGCUCCCAUCAGAGAGGAAGACCUGGAGCUGAGCGGAGCUUCUCACAUGGCCUACAUACUGGACAUGCUCAUGCAACUAGAGGAGAGAGCCAUGUGGGAGAAGAUCUUGCAGAAGGUUCUGAGAGGCUGCAGCCAGAGCAUGCUGGGUAAUCUGUCGCUGACAGCAUGUCAGUUUAUGGAGGAGCCAGGAAUGGCUGUGCAGGUCCGUGAAUCCAAGCACCCCUACGACAACAACACUAACUUUGAGGAUAAGGUGCACAUCCCUGGAGCCAUCUUCCUGUCUGUGAAGUUCGACUCUCGCUGUCACACAGAGGAAGGAUGUGAUGAGCUCCUCAUGGCCAGCAGCGGUGACUUGCUGCAGGACCUGCACACGUUCAGUGGUUCCCACCGGAAAUGGACCGACUUUGAGAUUCCAGGGGACACUCUCUACUACAGGUUUAUAUCAGAUAUGAGUAACACAGAAUGGGGCUACAAGUUUACUGUGACUGGUGGCCGUCGAGGCAGCUUCCAGACUGGGUUUGAGAUCCUGAGGCAGAUGCUAGCAGAUGAACAGGCGUUGACUCACCUCCCGCUGACUGACAUCUGGGAGUGGCAGGUGGGCGUGGCCUGUCGGCAAACAGGAAGCCAGCGGCUGAAAGCCAUUCACCUGCUGCUACGGCUUCUGCAGUGCCCGUCUCAAUGGGGUUGUGACCUUAAACUUCUGCGGCCGCUGUGGCAGCUCUUCACUACUAUGGAGAGCGGUUUGAUUCAGGACCCCACCAGCAUCACAGUCCUCCUUCCUCUCCAUCGCGCUCUCACGGAGCUCUUCUUCAUCGCUGAAGCCAAGGCCAUGGAGCAGGACGUUCUGCAGGAGUACCUUCUUGCUCUCACUACCAAUGAACAGCUAGUAGUGCGCACUGCACAGGCGCUGAAGAACAUCGCAGCCAUCAGCCUGGCCAUUAAUUACCCAAAUAAAUCCACUAAGCUGCUCAACCUGUCCCCAUGAAAGAGGGAUGAAAGAGAGAUCGAGAUGAGAGAAGGGAAGCUUGCCAGAGGCCUAUGGGAAUGGCCUUCUGCGCUCGACAGCUGCGGCAGGAGUGGGCCACAUAUCGUCUUCCAGAAAAACCCACCCCUGUGCUGUUUAAUCAUAAAGUGGGGGGCACUGCAAUCUUGUGUCUCUUAAUAAUCGCUAUUGCUCUCCCCAACCCCCCCCCACACACACACACAGUUUAGUGGGCUGUGCCAAAUUUGUUUUCUCACCCAUAAGCACAAGUUUUUUUUCCCCCAUUCCUUCACUUUCUUUUUCGGAAAAGCCACCGUGGGCAAGACAAUCGAUCAAAGUGAAAGCAGGUCACCUUUCCCUGCCUCACACACUCUCCCUGGACACGUUGCCUAAAAAUAAAAAGUUGCCGGCGCAGUCUCAUCCUUCAAAGUGGCCCGAGACUAUGUAUACGACUAAUUUAUCGAUAUCGAUGCGAAACCAUGGGGCCUUCUCUCGGUUCACUCUCAGGGGAGCCUGAGCUGAUGUUUGUUCAGUUCUAGCAGCUAGCAGUUACACUUGAAAACCAUAUGCUUCUAGACAAAUGUCAGAUGAAAAAAAAAAAAAAAAACGAGUUUAACGUGCCAUGUGAGUCCAGAAGGCGCCGUUUGCCUUACGAGUGCAGCUCAAAGUGAUCGCGAAACUGAUUGGGGGUCAGUUAGCACUAACACGUCCUAGUAAGAGGAAUGUCAGCGCUUGUCGUCCAUUGUCACGUCCCAGAUUCACAACUCACUCAUAAUGCCGCAUACCACCAGGAAAUCUAGAGCAUUAUGUACAGAAAUCUCAUUUUUUGUUGUGCUGCAUGCAAAACUGGACUAAACCAUAUGUCCAUUACUUUUAGUGACACAUCAGUUGGUGUGUUCUGUAAUAUUAUGGCAGUCGGAGAAAUUCUGUUUGAUCGGUUGAUCGACACAGAAGUGUGGGUUUAGUGGGAUGGUCUUAAGGUGCAGAACUUGAUAAUCAUAAUCUUCAUUGAUCUAGUGAUUGAGACGUGCUAGUAUUUUAACUGGUGAAAUGGAUACGGUUAUGGAAGUUGUGUUGCUUUAAAAUAUCCAUUUAUUAAUAUUACAGGAACAUUAUUGGGUGAAUCUUGAAUGAAGCGUUUGAUUGGCUAAUAGAAAGAUUUGUUGCUGUUUUGAAGGUCAGGUAAAGGCUGUUCUUAGUUCUAACCAAUGUUUAUCUGAAUGAUUUUUUUUUUUUUUUGGCCAAACAUUUCAGUUUUUUUGUAUUUUUUUGUUCUUGACCGGGGUAUACAGAUCUCUGAUGAUUUUUUUAGUUCAGUUUGAUUUCAUUUUAGUGAAAUUGAGGAAUUUAGACAGAUGGUUAUUCAUGCCAAAGAAUCAUUAUAGUUUUAAAUAGAAGCAUCUAACGCUAAGCAAUUCCUAUUUAUCUUCCUGAAGGAGGCUCUAAUGUUGGUGUGGUUGGUGGUGGUGGUGGUGGUGGUGUUAUAAUUUAAAAGAAGGUUGAAGUGUUGGGCUCCAGCGACAGACGCAGAUCCUUUAGUCCUCACUGGUUUUGUUUACAUGAGUUCUAGCAUGAGCACUGGCUACAUUUAGUGCUGCUGCUCAGCCUCCGUUCGGGUGGGUUUCAAAAUGUGUCUGCCAGGAGAACUUCCUGUCACUUUAAAGCCUCAGAUAUUAACAAACGAUGUGCCUAUGUUAAAAAUGAAGCAAUCUUCAUUUAAUCUUCAUAUCUUUGUAAAGGUCCUCUCUUCAACUAUAUUUUUAAAAGAAAAUUAUAUAGAUUAAUUUGGAGCACUUUCUAUCUAUUUUAUUUUUAUGAAUGUCUUUUUUUGUUUCAGAGCUCAUGGCUUCAAUUUCUUUGAAUCUGACAUGAAUGUAUAUAGUUGUGAAUAUGGAUAAUUGCAUAAAUAUUUCAUAUAAAAAUGAUUUUUCAUGUCAGCCCCCCAGAUUAAGGAAAUUUCAGAAUAGUGUACUAUAUAGUUGGAAGUUUACACUUGAUCCUUUUGAAUUGAUUUGCUAUGUCACACACACACAUACACACACACACACACACACACACACACACACACACACACACACACACAAACACAAAGGAAACCACAAAACUGCUUUGGGUUGAUUGUGUAAUUGUUUUUAAUUAAAAAACAAGAUAUGCAAAUUCAUGUGCCUGGAGUUGUCCCUCUUUUUUAGGGAAACUCACUUAAAAGUCUAAAGAUGAAAAUUCAGUCUUUUGGAAAUUGUUGGUUGGUUGUAAAGUAUUCCAGUUUUAUGCCAUGCAUCAAAACCUAAAGUGAAAACUUCAUUUGUACCCAUUUAUGGUUCAUUUUACUUCCUUUUGAAGUCAUAAUAGUUUUUUCUCUCGUUUUCUUUUCUUUUUUUUUGUUAAUAUUAAUAACACUACAUUGACAGAAGAACUAAAUAACAAAUAUUUUUAAAAAAUUAGAUUUUUUUUAACACCAACCUUGAAACUGAAAUCACAAAACUUCUCAAAAUUUUCUUUUUUUUUCCAUUUACUUCUGGGAUCUUAAUAUUUCUCAACAUUUAUGUUUUUUUCUCAAGACCUUUUCCAUACUAAAAAUUCCAUAUAAUUUAAACAAAAGCCAUCACAUUCCACAAGUGAGUGCAUAGGUAUUAAGCCACUCUCCUGUUAUUUCUGAUUUGAUCUACUUUGUGUCAUUUUCCCUGUGCUGAAAGAACCCAUUAAUCUUCAACUGCCUUACAUUUGGAGCCUGAAGCCUUGAAUGUGACUUGGUACUUAAAGUUACACUAAUUUACACAUAAUCCAGCUUUUAUAAUACUUGACUCCAAUAAAAUGUAACAUUUAUAAGUCCAUUAAAAACAAUAGUUUUGCAACCCUCCUUUCCCCCAUUCCAAUUUGAAUAUUGACACCUGAUCCAAUUGAGUAUAAACAGCAGAGGUUUCUGAGGGGUCACGUCUAUAUGUUUGUGUUUUGACCUGUCAAACACAUGUUUCCUCCCUUUAGCACUACAAAUAGUCCUUCCAAUGUCAGCAUUUUCUUCCCUCCUAGAAUGUAAGCCAUCUGUUGUUUUAUUUUAACCGUUCGCCUAAAUAUAGUUUCUCGCUUUCAAACACGGUCGCCCCGUGACACAGCCACACCCUGGCUUUUGAAUUAGUUUGAACUCAUCUUCCCGAAUAAAUAUGGACCGCUUUGCCUCAUAUUACCGCCAGCGUUUCUCGCUGCCUCCCUCUUUCUCUCCCCAUUCACAGAAACCGUGAAUUAUGGAUGUGUCAUUGAUGAAGAUGAUGAUGGUGAUUGUGCUGGAGAAGACAGUGAUGAUUCAGAGGUGCUCUGAGCUGUAACAUCCCCCUCAUUCCCUGUGAGUCAGCUCUCCUCACCCCCCACCCCCCCACCCCUCUCCGGCUCCCUGUCUUCCCACGAGCUGGACACCGGCAGUAAGACCCUACAGGUGCGACAAAACGGGAGGAGAUGAUGAUGAUGAUGAAGACAUCCGGAGGGGACAUGAGACAGUGGGUUUAAAGAAGUAUAAAUAGCCUGUGAAAACACAAUGGCAAGCAACUCGCUCUUCACACCUACACCUCGGAUAUGGGAAAAGGGGUAAAGGGGAAAAAUGAGGAAAGUGACGAACCGAGGAACUGAUAAUCUGCAGACGCGGUGGUUUUUUUGAGAAAGGGUGGGAGGCUUGGAUUCAGGCUUCGCUGAAGAUGAGUUCGGAUUAAUGAUGCUUUCACAACAGAUGAUUUGUGUUUUGGCUCAGUGUAAUAUUAUGCGGGAAUAAGGGCUUCCGCUGCAUGAAUGCAGUAGAACGGAAUGCCUGUUUUAGGUUUGGUUUAAAAAGAGAAUUAGCAUUUUCUAGCCAAGGGUUCCCUUUGGAAUUUCUCAUGGAUUUUUAGAAUACUUUUCACCGAGAUUGAUGAGGUUUACACAUUUUGUUCAACAGCAUGAUUUACACACAUACUGUACCUCAAAAGCACUACAAUUAAAAAUAAAUCUUCUUUAUUGGCAUCUAUGUUUCCAAUAAAAUGUUCUUCAGACUAAGAAAAAAACAACAGUUAUUUUAAUAACUGUUCACUAAGGAUAUUUUCAUAGGGGUAGCCGGGAGUGUCUAUGGUGACAGAGCAUUCAGGGUGGGUUGAAAUCAUAUUCCAGGGGUGAGCGGGAUGUUGAGUUCCCCCUCAGUCGAAAUCUCUGCAUGGCAUCACUGCAAAAAAAAAAUUCACUGAAACUUUUACUUUUUAUAGUGUGGUUGCUAACCAGUUACUCAUACUGCAUCACAUCCAUGUGGUUUUUGUAGUCUGGUUAGCAAUUUAGCUAACAACUGUGCUGUCAACUGUGCUUUCAGUCAUCCACGUCUAGUUUUACUUUGGUAGUGUAUCUGAAGUGUUCUUCUGUGGAUGUCAUAGGCUGUCAGCCACUAGCAGUGUACUAGUUCCUGUAUAAUUGAAGAACUCUGACUAAAGACUACACAGGUAGGCAGAUGCACAAGAACAAAACGGUGUAUUUGUAUUUACAAUAUUGCCAUCAGGGAUGUUUUAUCUGUGCUUUUUAUGAAUUAUACUUAGUAAAAAAGUGACAGUUUCAUAGAUGAAGGAUUAGCUUCUUAUUAUACAAACAGGAAGAAUUUUGUUCUUUCGGGAUACAAAGGCCUUUGACAACAUGAGUGUAUGAAUUUGUUGAGAACAUUUCAAUAUUUUACUAAGCUGCAAAUCACUUGCUACCAUAUGCUCGAACUUUUCAAAGUCAGGAGCGUACUGUUGCAUUUCUUUGCAUCUCGUGAUUAUGUCUUGUCCACUGCCAAUGGUUUUGAAAUGAAAUGCUCCGUAAGCACAUAUGGGUGGGAUGUUUGGAUAUCCACUAUACAGUUAAUGUAGAGUCACAUUAUAUGUUUGACCAAGGAAGUGUUGUUUAAAUGUUUUGUGGACUUUAAGCUAUAGAUUAACAUGUAUUUGCUAAGGUUUACCAGUGUACUUGAUGUUCAAAAUGAUCUUUAAACAGCUCAUGAUCACUUAGAAACUAGUUGAACUGAAAUACUCUUCUUGUUGUUCACAUGUCUAAGACUAUCCUGGCAGUAUGUGUUUUUAAUGUCCAGUCACGAAAUGAAACCGAGGCGAAGAGCUGUGUGAAAUGAAUCUCAUCACUGUGAUUGUGCUCUAGAGAAAAGCAAUGAUCUGCUCUCUGACUUCUGUCAAACGCUGCAGGUUUGAUUUUCUUGUAUGGGAGAAAGAGGCUGAGAGAAAAGGCUUGUUUAGUGUGUUUAGGGAGUGAAAAUUUGCAUUUGUUUUCAAUUCUCUGAGGUCAAGCUCUAUUCCACUGCCUAUAGGGCUAUGAAGGAUCUGAAGUUGAGCUCUGCUUCACUGGAGUCAGCUGCCCUCAGUGGCUCGUCUCCUGAGACACUCGAGAAGAACCACACACACACACACACACACACACACACACACACACACACACACACACACCUCAUCGUGACGAAUUAAGAGAUCCUUGUGUCAAUACACUGCGGCUAACUUCAGUUUUUCCUACUUAUUUUGCCUUAGGCAAAGAUAAAAUACCUCAUUGUGAAUAUCUUUCUCUUUAUAUGUCUGCAUUGUUGCAAUAAAAGAGAUUUAGACUACAGUU